AUGUCUAUCACCUCCAAUAUGAGCAUGUACUCGCUCACCCUGCAGCCUGCUGGAGUCAUUACCCACGCCAUCGUUGGCAACUUUGUCGCGAGCAGGCCGAAAGAGCAGCAAGUCGUUCUGGCUCAGGGUGAGAGACUGAGUCUGUUGACCAUUGACAAGGACACGGAUCAGGUUCGCACUAUCCUCACACACAACGCCUUUGGCAUCCUGCGCAACCUGUCGUCGUGUAGGGUUCCUGGUACUCCUCGCGACCUGAUCAUCGUCUCCUCGGAUUCUGGCCGUGUCUCUCUCCUUCAGUACGACGAUGAGAAGAACCGCUUCGAGCGCGUCCACCUCGAGACCUUUGGCAAGUCCGGCAUCCGUCGAACCAUCCCUGGUCAAUAUCUCGCCUCAGACCCACGUGGUCGAUGCUGCAUGUUUGCAUCCGUCGAGAAGAACAAGGUCGUCUACAUCCUCAACCGCAACUCGGAGCAGCAAGUCACCAUCUCCUCGCCCCAAGAAGUCAACCGUCCACAGACAUUGACCUUUGAUAUCUGCUCUGUCGAUACAAACUUCCAGAAUCCCGUCUUUGCAGCCCUCGAGGUCGAUUACACAGACAGCGACCAGGACCCGACAAAUGAAUCUUAUGACAUCCGCGAGAAGCUUCUUGUCUACUACCGUGUUGAUCUCGGCCUGAACCACGUGGUGCGCGAGUGGGCUGAUGCUGUGGAUUACUCGGCCAACAAACUAUUCCCUGUUCCUGGUGGUGCUGACGGUCCCAGUGGUGUCGUGGUUUGUUCUCUGGGAAGUAUCACAUACAGACAUCCCAACCAGGAGGCACACACUCUGGUCAUUCCUCGUCGCAAGGGCGGUCUUGAAAACCCUGAUCGCGAGAGGCGUAUUGUUGCCGGUGUCGUACAUCGCUUCAAGGCUGGCUUCUUCCAUCUUUUGCAGACAGAGGACGGUGACUUGUUCAAGCUUACUAUGGACCUGGUCGAGGACGAUCAAGGGCGCAAAACUGGCGAGGUCUCAAGCAUCGAGCUCCGCUACUUCGAUACCUUCCCUGUCGCCUCGACCAUGUGCAUCUUGAAGUCUGGUUACCUCUUUGUCGCAGCUGAGAACAGUGACAGCCAUUUUUACCGCUUCCUGAACCUCGGCAUGAACAUUGAGCCUCUCACAGACAGCACCGCGCAGGAGAUCUCGUACUUCUUCCCUCAUGAUUACGACAAUGUAGAUCAAUCGGCAACGGUCGCCAGUAUGCAUCCUCAGCGCAAGACUGUAGUACAAGACAUUACAGGUGGAGAUGAUUGGAAGAUUUACACCACAGCUGGAACCGGCACCCGAAGCUCUUUCAAGGUUGUCAGCCAUGGUUUGAGUGUUAGCGAGCAAACGCGUGCUGAACUGCCUGAUCAACCCAACAAUCUUUGGGUGGUUUCAGACGAUCGCUUCUCGGAGGCAGACAAAUACAUCGUUCUUGGCUUCCGAGAUGCUACACUAUUCCUGGAGGUCGGGGAGAACACUCAUGAAGUUUCUGAUCACGGUCUGCAUAAGGAAGUCACUACAAUCCACAUGGGUCUCAUGGGUGACACUGGUAUUCUGCAAGUUUGGGACAGAGGCUUCCGCUUUUACACUGGUCCGGAUAGCCCGCAAGAAGACUGGAAGUGCCCUGCACAUCGCACCAUCAUCAAAGCCACAAACAACCAUCAACAGCUGUGUCUGGCGCUAAGCUCUGGCGAAAUUCUGUACUUCGAAGUCUCACAAGACGGCAGAAGGAUCCAGGAGUACGAGCAGGGCGCCGAUGUCUUGACUGUAUCGGGUGUCGUCCAAGCCAUGAGCAUGGGUGAUGUUCCCGAAGGUCGCGUAAGAGCGCCCUUCCUCGUUAUCGGAUGUGACGACUCCACCAUCCGUGUCUACUCUCUCGAUCCUGGUGGCGAGAUGCUUAGGUCCCAGUCCAUCCAAUCCCUCACUUCGCCUCCUCGUUCUAUUGAGAUUCUCCCUAUGGAAGACUCAACAGGCAUGACGACAUUCGUCCACGUUGGUCUGUUCUCGGGUCUCUACCUUCGUGCAGUCUUGGACGAUGUCACUGGUGAACUCGGCGAUGUCCGCUCACGUUUCCUUGGUGCUGAUGAGGCCAAGCUAUAUCCAGUCGCUGUUAACGACAGUCCCGCGGUGCUUGCCUGCGGCGCCAAGACCUUCCUCUCAUAUCCUCAUCCCGAAACCAAGGAGCUUCUGCUCACCCCUCUGGACUACCAUUCGUUCAACUGCGCGAGUAUGUUGAGAUCUAAAGUUGCUGGCCGCAAGGGUCAAACCACUGUCAGACAAUCAAUCGUCGCACUACGUGGUGCUGAGAUUUUCGUCUUCAGCAUUGGAGACACAUCUAACAACAUCCUCACAAAAUCUAUUCCCCUCAAGCACACUCCCCGCGACUUCUGCAGACACCCAGAAUACCGCUACUUCUCCGUUGUUCAAUCAGAUCAAAAUGUCCUUAGUAAGCAGGCCAGGGAUACACUUCUUGCUGAUCCGACAAGAUCAGAAGAAGACAAGAAACAGAUGGGUCCUAGCGAGCAGUUCGGUUGGCCACGAGGCCCUGGAUGGGCAUCUUGUAUUCAGGUCGUCGACCCGACGGCUGAAGAUGAAAAGGAUAGUGUUGCAUACACAGUCGACCUCGACUCAAAUGAGGCUGCUUUAUGCUGUGACAUGGUACCAUUUGAGAACCAAGAUGGCGAAACCUUCUUGCUCGUUGGCACCGGCAAGAACAUCCCCUCUGGAGCACCGACACCAAGCUCUCCAAAGUCAACGGGCGCGGUACAUGUGUACCGAGUAUUAGACCCAGGCAACGAGCUUGAGCUAAUCCACAAGACCGAUUUCGAAAAACCUAUUCGUGCUCUUAUGCCCUUCCAGGGUCGCCUUGCGCUUGCCGUUGGCAACGAAGUCUUCCUCUACGAUCUCGGUAUGAAGGCUCUGUUGCGCAAGGCCCGCUGUCGUGUACCCGGUACUCAAAUCAUCGGCAUGAAGACACAAGGUUCACGUAUCGUUGUCGGCGACGUGCAAGAAUCUGUCUGCUAUGUCGUGUACAACCACAAGGACAAUAAACUCACACCAUUCGCUGACGAUGUCAUCGCUCGCUGGACCACCUGCUUCACCAUGCUCGACUACGACACUGUGGCUGGAGGAGACAAAUUCGGAAACGUAUGGGCGGUGCGUUGCCCAAAAUCGGCAUCAGAUGAGGCAGACGAACCUGGCGCUGCAUCUUUCCUCGCCAACGAAAAGGCCUAUCUUGGCGGCACUCCUCACCGUCUCGCACUUCAAUUCCACGACUUCGUUCAAGAUAUUCCUAUGUCGAUGCAAAAGACGACGCUGGUGCCCGGUGGCCAGGAAGUCAUCUUCUGGGCUGGUUUGCAGGGUACAUUAGGUAUAUUUGUGCCAUUCAUGGAUAGAGAAGACGUAGACUUCUUCGGCAGCUUGGAGCAACACAUGCGCACCGAAGACCCACCGAUCUGUGGACGUGAUCAUCUCAUGUACAGAAGCUACUACAUUCCCGUCAAGGGAUGUAUUGACGGCGAUCUUUGCGAGAGAUACUUCUUGCUCGGCAGAGACAAGAAGGAGAGGAUCGCUGGUGAUUUGGAUCGUACAGUCAGAGAGGUUGAGAAGAAGAUUGGUGAGAUGAGGACGAGAGUCGCAUUCUAG